AUGACGGUUGUGCAAAACUUUUCCAGCGACGACGAGACGGUAGAUCAAGUCGGAAACCCCAUCUCGGAAGAAACAAUCGAAAACACCGAUGUACAAGAACAACCACUACGAGGUGAUGAGCACGAUGGUGGAUACGGUUGGGUAUGCGUUGUGUGCCAAUUGAUGAUUACAGCGAGCACAUGGGGCGUCAAUGGUGCUUUCGGUGUAUACCUCACUCACUACAUCUCGACAAACGCCUUCCCCGGGACAUCGGAAAUCGCCUACUCCUUCAUCGGCGGCCUAUCCCAGUCUCAGAUCCUCCUCAUCGCCCCCCUCGUCACGCACGCCACCAGAAGAUUUGGAACCAAGCCUCCUCUCCUCGUAGGUGCCAUCAUGGAAGCAGGUGCUCUGAUUGGAGCAAGCUUCGCUAAGCAGUCGUGGCACCUCUUUCUAUCUCAGGGGUUACUGUUUGGCUGGGGCUGUUCAUUCUUGUAUAUCGGCACCAUUGGCAUUAUCCCCCAGUGGUUUUCCCGGAGAAAGGGUAUUGCAAACGGAAUUGCAGCUGCGGGAAGCGGUAUUGGAGGUCUCAUCUACAGCUUGUCCACGGAAGCCAUGAUUUCCAACAUUAGCGUCGCCUGGGCAUUUCGCAUCACGGCCAUCUGCACUGCUGCAGUCAACGUCAUUUGCAUCAUCCUAAUCAAGGAUAGGAAUAAGCACAUUCAGCCUACCCAGCGCGCGUUCGAUUUUGCCCUCUUCAAACGGUCCGAGCUUCUCCUCAUUUCGACUUGGAUGUUCCUCAGCAUUAUUGGAUACACAUGUGUUUUGUUUUCGCUUCCGGACAAUGCCGUUCGAAUUGGCCUCACUGCUCACCAGGGCUCUAUCCUGGGAGCGUUGGCCAACCUUGGGAUGGCCAUUGGCAGACCCAUCGUGGGCUAUCUUAGUGACCGCGUGGGAAGAUUAAACAUGGUGAUAGGGGCAACAACCAUGGCGGGAAUAUGGUGCCUAUGCCUCUGGACAUCCGGUACAUCAUAUUCAAUCCUGCUUGCGUUUUCCAUUAUUGGAGGAACGACCAUUGGCACAUGCUGGGCUAUGGUUGGACCUAUGCUAGCUGAUGCAUUCGGAAUGAAGCUUCUCCCUUCUGUACUAUCUAUUGUCUGGACGAUCUCCGCCGUCCCAUCAGCUUUUGCCGAGGCCAUGGCCCUAGGACUCCGACGAUCGCACUCCCCAGUCUACCUGGAUGUCCAAAUCUUCUCUGGCUGCAUGUUUAUUGGAGCAGCACUAUUUCUGCUACCGAUGAGAUUCAAAAAGAGGAUCGAAAGCGUGAUUACAUCGGAGAAGCAAUAA